AUGCCGGUGCCUGCAACUACCCCUGCUCCUGCAACUACCCCGGCGCCUACUGCUACCCAAAGCCCCGGCAAGCUUCCCAGUAGCUUCAGAUGGAGUUCCAGUGCUGCGCUGAUCGGUCCCAAAACCGAUUCUCGCAACAUCGCUGGUAUCAAGGAUCCAUCUAUCGUCUAUUACAACGGCCGCUGGCACGUCUUCGCCAGCACUGCGGUGUCCUCCGGAUACAACCUCGUCUACAUCAGCUUCACCGACUGGUCCCAGGCUGGGGCAGCCAGCUUCUACUACCUCGACCAAUCGUCCAUCGGCGCCGGAUAUCGGGCCGCCCCUCAAGUCUUCUAUUUUGCUCCUCAAAAUCUCUGGUAUCUCGUCUACCAGAACGGCAAUGCGGCAUAUUCCACCAACCCAGACAUCAACAAUCCGAGAGGUUGGACCGCGCCGCGCACUUUCUACAGCGGCAUUCUAGCGAUAAUCCAGCAAAACAUCGGCAGUGGUUAUUGGGUCGACAUGUGGGUCAUCUGCGACUCCGUCAAUUGCCACCUCUUCUCCUCCGACGACAACGGCCACCUGUACCGAUCGCAAACCCCGCUCGCUAAUUUCCCUAACGGCUUCAACGAACCGGUCAUUGCGAUGCGAGAUGCCGACAAAAACCGCCUAUUCGAAGCUGCUAACGUUUACCAGGUCGACUCGGAUGACAACUACCUUCUGCUCGUCGAGGCGAUUGGGAGCGAUGGGCGCAGGUAUUUCCGUUCCUGGACAUCGGCUAAUAUUGCAGGACCGUGGCAGCCGCUCGCCGAUUCCGAGAGCAACCCAUUCGCGCGUGCCAACAACGUCGCAUUCAGCGGAACGGCCUGGACCAGGGAUAUCAGCCACGGCGAGAUGAUCCGCAGCGGCUACGACCAGACGCUCAAGAUCAGCUCUUGUGAGCUGCAGUACCUUUAUCAGGGCCUGAACCCCACCGCCAGCGGACCCUACAACUCUCUUCCUUGGCGUCUCAGUCUACUCACGCAAACGAACUCGCCUUGCUAA